AUGUAUAAAAAUCACCAUGAGCGACACGGACUGAUAAACUGUGAAAUGCAAGGAAAUGGGUCCCAGAAAACUUUGAACGUUGGUGAGAAGCGCUUAGUGCACCAAACGCAACAAGGUCUAAUAAUCAAGCUAGUGUUCCUGUGGGAAAUUCGAAUGGUUAAUGGGCAAAUCACAUCACCCCCAGAACGUUCAACAACAAACUCCGAGGAUUCUGUGAAUUGA